CGCCUAUCCGUCGUCCGUCGUCCUGCCGACUCGCCAUCUCCCUCAUCAGUCCCUGCUUCCACGCUGCCUCCUCUUGACUGACUCCACCCGCCGCAGGUUUCCCUCUCCUCGCCAUGGCUCCUCCUCGGACUCAGCGAAGCUUUAUUUACGCGCAUUUUGUUCUGAUUGGGGGAGGAAUUGGGUGCGACGCAGGAGGACACUGAUUUUAUUCCCCUGUUCAAUCAGUAGCAUCUAGGAACAGUGAGUGUGUGUGUGCGCGCGCGCGUGUGGUGCGAAGAGACGAGAGGAUGGAAAUCGAGGAAGCCGCCGGCGGCGGUGAGAUUGGGGAAAUGGAGGCCCCCGCGGUCAGCACGGUGGCGGUGGCGGUCAGCGGGGGCAGGAGCAGCAAGCACGCGCUUAAGUGGGCCCUCGACAAGUUCGUUCCCGAAGGGAGGGUCCUCUUCCGGAUCUUGCACGUCCACCCGGCGAUCACCAUGGUGCCCACUCCGAUGGGAAAUUUUAUACCAAUCUCACAAGUACGCGAAGAUGUGGCAUCUGCCUACAGAAAAGAAGCAGAAUGGCAAGCGAGUAAUAUGCUAGUUCCUUUCCAGAAGAUGUGUGCUCAGAGAAAGGUAGAAGCUGAAGCUGUUUUACUUGAAUCAGAUGAUGUUGCUUCUGCUAUAAGUGAAGAGAUAGGAAAAUUCAAUAUUUGCAAGUUAGUUUUAGGUUCUUCAUCAAAGAAUAUAUUUCGAAGGAAACUCAAAGGAAGUAAGACUGCAACCAAAAUAUCUGAGUGCAUUCCAAGCUUCUGUACAGCAUAUGUUAUUUCAAAAGGCAAACUAUCAUUUGUGCGCUCAGCUACAUCUGACAUCGCUGAAACGCCUCGAUCCAUAUCCUCUUCAACUGUUUCUUCACCUAGCACUAGAAGUCUUUCCUCCUGUGGACCUUCAGAAUGGGGAGACACAUAUGGAACAGCAAAUGUACCAUUGCAUCAACCUUCUUUGCCAUUGCAGCGUGACCAAGCAUUGGCAAUCAUAAACAAGCUGUCAAACAGGAGAGCUAGCUCUUCGAGCAGUGUUGUGAGCGAGGUCUCUUACAAUGAUGAGCCGGCCCUGACAAGGUCACACUCCAUCAUAUCAGAGAUGCAGUUCAGUAGUGGUAGCAGUGGAAAUUCUGUUUACAAGAGCUUCCAAAGAGAUAAUUUGCCUGACAAUUCUGAUCAGGCAUCAGUUUCAGGAAUUUCAGAAAAUGUAAAUCAUCUGAGUUAUCAGGAUGAUCUCAGGCUUCAAAUUGAAAGGUUGAGGGUCAAAUUGCAACAUCUUCAUAAGCUUCAUGAACGUGCUCAACACGAGUCAUUAGACACCAGCCACACUACUCAGAAACUGCAUAAGUUGGGCACUCGGCACAUUGAGGAUGAAAUCAAGCUGAAAGAAAUUCAACUGACAGAGGACACGAUAAGGAGAUUAGUAAGGAAACAGGAGAUGGAAGAACACGAAGCAGCAAGAGAAGCUGAACUUAAUCGACCCUCCGAUGGAAUGGAAGCAAAACAGAGUUAUGAUGUACAAGAAGCUAAUGAGAACGAAAUGGGAAAGAAGAUUGCUGGAGGCAGUUUUGAUGAGUAUAAUAGGUAUACGUGGGAGGAGAUUCAGGCAUCAACUUCAUCAUUCUCUUCUGCUCUUAUGAUUGGUAAGGGAUCAUAUGGCACAGUUUACAAGGCGAAAUUCCGUCAUACAGUCGCAGCUGUCAAAGUAUUAAACUCCCCUGAAGGCUGUGGCACUCAGCAAUUACAGCAGGAGCUUGAGGUCCUUGGUAAGAUUCGGCAUCCUCACCUUCUGAUGAUGCUUGGAGCAUGCCCUGAACAUGGUUGCCUGGUUUAUGAGUACAUGGAAAAUGGUAGCCUAGAUGACAUGCUGCAAUGCAGGAAGAAUACGUCGCCAUUAGCCUGGUUUGACCGUUUCAGGAUAGCCUGGGAGGUGGCUGCUGCUCUGAUGUUUCUUCACAGUUCAAAACCAGAACCCAUCAUUCACCGUGACCUGAAGCCUGCCAACAUAUUACUAGACAGCAACUUGGUCAGCAAGAUAGGUGAUGUAGGCCUAUCAACUUUGCUUCCAAGCAUGGGCCAGUACCUGUCUACAAUGAUCAAGAACACUGCCCCUGUGGGCACUUUCUGCUACAUCGACCCAGAGUACCAAAGGACUGGUGUACUGUCCAUGAAGUCCGAUGUCUAUGCACUAGGCAUUGUGCUCUUGCAGUUGCUGACAGCAAGAUCACCGAUGGGGCUAGCGCAUGUUGUGGAGACUGCACUAGAGGAUGGCUGCUUUGUUGACAUCCUGGAUGCAACUGCUGGGCAGUGGCCUCUUAAUGAGGCACAAGAACUGGCUAUUCUAGCACUAAGGUGCUCAGAAAUGCGGCGCAAAGACCGGCCUGAUUUGAAUGAUCAUGUUCUUCCGACACUGGAACGGCUGAAGGAUGUUGCAGCCAAGGCCAGGGAAGAUGCUUUUCAGGGUCACACAGCACCUCCAAGCCAUUUCAUUUGCCCCAUACUUCAGGAAGUGAUGAUCGAUCCAUAUGUCGCAUCAGAUGGUUACACCUACGACCGUAAGGCGAUUGAGUUGUGGCUAAGCACGAACGAGACGUCCCCGAUGACCAACCUGCGUCUACCCAACAAGAGCCUGAUACCAAAUCACUCCCUUCGUUCUGCAAUCUUGGACUGGAGGUCGAAAAGCAAGUGACAUGUGAUUCCUUCAAUCCUCGGAUCGCAUGCUUCAUGAUGCAGCGAUGGCUUAUUUGUCUUACACAACGAAGCUGACAGUUUUUGUUAAAAAAAGUGUAUGGGAGUAGUCUUCAGAAAGGGUUUUAGGUUGUGCAGCAGCUCAAGCAAAAUGUAAAUAAAGUCGUCUGAUAGCAUACCUCGCUGUCUUAGCGAAGCAAUUCCUUUCUCUGUCCUAUGCAAAUAAUGUAUUUGUAAGCCUGUAGUCAAUGUCAAUUGUUAUGAUUCAUCAUUUGAUUCUUAGACGAAAUGAAUUCUGCAUAUUGCUGCUGUUUUA